GCUCACUUCAUCACUUGUGUGUGUGUGUGUUUACUGAUGUCUUAGACCUGUCUGUAGAAAUGCCCAGAUGAAGUGUGAUGGGUUAUUGAAAUCGAGAGAAAAGAUUGCUUUUUUAUGUUUGCCACAAUGAGAAGAUAGGUUGAGUAUUGGAGUUUUGAGUGAUCAUAGUUGAGUUUUGGGUAUACGACCGAGUGAAUUGGUGUGGUGUGUUUUCUCACUUUUAUUCAUGACACACUGAAUUGGUGUGGUAUGUUUUCUCACUUUUAGUGGAGUGUGUCUUCUGUGGUUGAUGAGGUUGGUGGUGGUGGUGCGUGAUAGGCCGGCAGCUUUUGGGUUUACGUUUGUGGUUUCUUUUUCUUUCCUUUGUUGGUUCUUGGUUAAUUGUUUUGCUUUCUUGUUUUUUUGGAAUCUGCCCUUUCUCUUACUGCAACUGCCUCAGAUCAUACUCAAUUAUCGGAAUCUGAUGGCAGGGAAUAACUCCGCAUUUUUGGCUGUUCCAUGGCUGGGUAUGCUUACUGGAUUGCUCGGGAAUCUCUCUUUGCUAUCGUAUUUUAUCAAGAAGAAGGAAAGUGAAGCUGUGGCGAUCCAGUUGCUAGGAGUCGUAUCUAUAUACGUGGCCAUCUUGCAGCUGGCUAUGGCUGAAGCUAUGACUCUUCCUCAUUUUGUGGCCACUUCGAUAGUGACUGCAUCCGGUGUGAUCAUAAAUUCGUUGAAACACUUCGAUUUGCUUAACAAUGGAAUCUGGAAAUCUUGGGAAGAAUUUAUAACCAUAGCUGGGCUAUCGGCACUUCCACAAGUCAUAUGGUCUACUUUCGUCCCAAUCGUUCCAAACACUGUAUUCCCAGGCUGCAUUGCCCUUUUCACUGCAGUGCUCGUCGUUUCUAAGGCGCGCAUGGGGAAACUGUCAAAGAAAGGUGUAAACAUUCUCGGAUCAGUAUCCGGAUGGACAGCCACACUUCUCUUCAUGUGGAUGCCUGUUGCACAAAUGUGGACAAAUCUUCUGAAUCCCAAAAACAUGAAAGGUCUGUCAGCCGUGACAAUGUUGCUGGCCAUGAUUGGCAACGGUCUGCUGAUCCCACGAGCACUAGUUACUCGGGAUUUAAUGUGGUUCACUGGUUCGACAUGGGCGUGUGUUUUCUACGGAUGGGGCAACCUCGUGUGCUUGUACCGCUUUAAUAGUAUUAGCUGGGAGUUGUUCUUGGUUUCAACUCUUGGGUUUCUUGGUUGGAUGGGAAUUACUUUGUGGAGAGAUGCACAAGUGCAAGGACACCACUCAUCCUUAAAGGAUCUCAUUUUUGGACAUUGAUGUUUUUACAAUGCUAAAUAACAUACUAUCUACCAAAUUAUCUGUUUAUAGCAAAGCGAAUAAGGUAGAAGACACGUGUUGUUGUAAAGUCUAGUUAGAAAGAGUGAUUACUUUGCAUAUGCUUACUACUAAAAUAAUCGAUACUCUAUAAUUUUAGAUAGAAUGCUUUUAAUGUUUUGGGUUGA